AUGAUGGAGUGUUUUGGAUAUGGUUUUAGAUAUUCUGCUCUUAUAAGUCCUAUAUGUUUAUUUGGAAUGCCUGGCAUCACAAAGAGUGAAAACUUCGACUAUCUCUUCAAGAUAGUCUUGAUAGGAGAUUCGGCUGUCGGAAAGACAAACCUUCUUUCGAAGUUGACAAGAAACGAGUUCCAUAAGGAUUCAAAGGCAACAAUCGGCGUCGAGUUUGGUACAAUCACCUUCAAGAUAGGCGAGGACAUUGUCAAGGCCCAGAUAUGGGACACAGCUGGGCAAGAGAGAUACCAGGCCAUUGUUCAGGCAUAUUAUAGGGGAACAUCUGGUGCUGCCAUCGUCUACGACAUUACAAACAAAGACAGUCUAAAGAAGGCCACUAGUCUGUGGUUGAAGCAGCUUCGAGACUUCUCACCGAGCGAGAUUCCAAUUGUGCUCAUUGGAAACAAAAAGGAUCUAGAGGACGACAGAGAUGUGGACACACAGAAGGGAAAGGAUGAAGCAGUUACAAACGAGUUGUCGUUUUUUGAGACUUCGGCACUGACUGGAGAAAAUGUCCGAGAAGCAUUUCUUGAACUUGUUAAGACGAUUCACAAGAAGGUAAAGACCCAGAAAGCCUCAAUAGGAAAGAGGAAACUUAAAAGCGUUGAGUUCAGUAAGGAAAACCUGAAAGAGGUCAAACCACAGCCCAAGAAGGGAUGCUGCUCAUAA